AUGGUUAUGAAUGAGGAUGAGAAUUUCUCAGCACCUGCAUUGCCGUCCACGCCUAUUUCAAUCACCACAAACGACCUCGACCGACAAAUCGAAACGUUGAUGAGAUGUGAGUGUAUCCCGGAACAAGAAGUGAAAGCGUUGUGUGCGAAGGCACGUGAAAUACUUCUGCAAGAAGGAAACGUACAAGUGGUUGAUUCGCCCGUUACGAUUUGCGGGGAUAUUCAUGGACAGUUUUAUGAUUUGAUGGAGUUGUUCAAAGUUGGUGGAGAGGUUCCUGAUACGAAUUAUUUGUUCCUCGGUGAUUUUGUUGAUAGAGGCUUUUAUUCGGUUGAAACAUUUCUGUUAUUGUUGGCGCUGAAGGUGAGGUAUCCGGAUAGAAUGAUGCUCAUCAGAGGUAAUCACGAAUCGCGUCAAAUAACACAAGUUUACGGCUUUUACGAUGAAUGCUUGCGCAAGUACGGCUCAUCCUCUGUCUGGAGAUGUUGUACGGAGGUAUUCGACUGCCUCAGUUUAUCGGCCGUAAUUGCCGGUAAAGUAUUUUGUGUGCACGGCGGUUUAUCGCCGAGUAUACAAACCUUAGAUCAGAUACGAACCAUCGAUAGAAAACAAGAAGUUCCUCAUGACGGCCCGAUGUGUGAUCUGUUGUGGUCAGAUCCUGAGGAUAGUAUGGGAUGGGGAGUGAGUCCACGUGGUGCGGGAUAUUUAUUCGGCUCGGAUGUCGUGAAGGCGUUUUGUCAAACAAACGGUGUAGAAUUGAUAUGUCGUGCACAUCAGUUGGUCAUGGAAGGUUAUAAAUGGCAUUUCGGUGAGACCGUAUUGACGGUUUGGUCUGCACCGAAUUAUUGUUAUAGAUGUGGAAAUGUAGCAGCAAUACUGGAAUUAGAUGAACAAUUAAAUAAGGACUUCACAAUAUUUGAAGCAGCACCUCAGGUGCUAGAUUUUCAUGAGAUUAAAUUCAAAGAUUACAACGUUUUGGAUGAUGAAGCCGUCCGUGAGGGCAUCAAGAAAUUCAGCGAUUGGCCAACGAUACCUCAAGUGUUCGUGAACGGUAAUUUCGUCGGAGGAUGCGACAUUUUGGUACAGAUGCACAAAGAAGGUGAACUGACAGACUUCUUCGAUAAAGAGGGAAUCAGAUCUCGAUUUUCGGAUGCAAACGACAAAGAGGGGAGCGAGUCGAAAAAAUGA